CCCGAGUGAAGGUGUGUUCCCACGCAUUCGUGGUUACUGUUUCAUCAAGUAUCUGCUUCAAUUGUAAGAAUCAUGGAUAUUCCUCUGCCCGCAACCCUGCGACUCCCACAUCCUUACCUCACUACAUACCAAAUAGACGAGGUCGAUCGCAAACAGGUUCCUACGAGAUAUGGCGGCAAGCUUCUACGAACUCGCCACGAACCUCGGAAUAAUGGGUCAACACCGACGCGGAAAGAUGCUAUACUUCCUCCAGUAGUGCUUCAUAGCAACGUCUACUUUUCCGAACCUGCUCAGGAUCAGCCCGCCGAUGGGCUACCUCCGGAGAGCAACAAUUUUUUCUGGGGCCGAGUGAGAAGGACGCCAAAAUCAGAUAUUGUAUGGAAUGACAACUCUCAGCCUACAGUGGCUCAACUUUGGCUCAUCGUAUACUCGCUAUUUACUUUCCGCCCAGAGUUGGAAUACUUCCGCAUAGAGCUUAAAGGCUUUGGUCACCGCGAGCUAUCUGAAGAGCUCAAGCAUGUUGGACUGGCUGUCGAACACCCUCUUCCAGAGAAUCGCGAAGUGCCAGCCAGACCUGCAGCGAGCGUUCCAGGAGCUUUUCCCAAUGAAAUCGUACUUCUUCGAGGCAAUUUUUGGCAAGGCGCAGGAUCACCCUUUGGCCCACGGCCAGUAUGGGCUCCAGCUACUGCGACAGUUUCCGGCAAGCCAUUGGACCAAUAUCCAGUCCUGCCAGUGGACUAUGUCGCAGAUACCAAAUUCCCAGAUCAGCGCGUCCAUGCUUUCCACCCUCGGCGACCUGCGAAACCUGCACCUGGUUCGAUUAUGUACAGCAGAUAUAUACCCCAUCUGGAUCAACAUUUCAGCAUGAUUGCUCUAGAUUACAAUAAUGCCGAGCAUCUUGGACUUUUCAACAAAUGGCAGAACGAUCCGUUCGUGGCUGCGGGUUGGAACGAGACAGGGACUUUAGAGGAGCACAGGAAGUACCUGAAGAAUCUACAUGAAGAUGGACACACUAUUACCGUGCUUGCGAAGUUCGAUGACACAUACUUCGCGUACUAUGAGAUAUACUGGGGCAAGGAGGACCACUUCGGGGUCUACUGCGACGCAGGCGAUUUCGAUCGUGGGCGGCAUGCACUUGUCGGCGACACAUCAUUCCGCGGUCCGCAUCGUGUCUCUGCCUGGUGGUCGAGUACGAUUCACUACCUGUUCCUCGACGAACCUCGAACACACUGGGUGAUUGGAGAACCGAAAGCCACGAACUCCACGGUCUUGAGCUAUGAUUUGAUGUGUGGUUUCAAUGUUACUUCAUUUGUAGAUCUCACACAUAAGAGAAGCGGAGCGAUGAAGGUCAGCAGGGAAAGAUUCUUCCAGAUUUGUCCAGUGUACUGGAAUGGAGAGACAAAAGUUGGUGGUACUGGCAUACAAUUGACUGCGAUCCAGUCAAAGUUGUAAUGGGCACGAAGUCAUGUAGCAUUUUAUGUCCAGAAUGCAUUGGUUAGUCUCUGGCAAAGAACAGCAUAAUUUACAACUUGUGAGACUCAAUUUUAUUGUGGGC